AUGGAUGGGUGUAAAGGAACUCAAGUUUUCGCCAUUAAUCCUUCGGGAACCACCACCACCACCAACAAUGGCGGUAGUGGUGGUGGUGUAGGAGACAAGCUUCUUCAUCACCUCCAAGACCAUCUCCGGGUCAACUCCACUCGAUCCAGAUCGAGCCGGAGCAACUUGAGUUUCCAAUCCCCAAACCCAAUCGGCAACAAUCUCGUGCUGGAGACUCUUCUCCCCUAUGGCCUUCCCUCUUCCGAUCUCCUCGAGCCCCAAAUCGAACCCUCCCUCAAGUCCGUCGAUUUUGUCGAAACCCUAGCUGAUGUCUACCGUAGGAUUGAUCAUUGCCCCCAAUUCGAGAAAUCCAAGAUGUAUAUGGAGCAAUGUGCUAUAUUUCGGGGUCUGUCCGAUCCAAAAUUGUUCCGACGGAGCCUCCGGUCGGCCAGGCAGCACGCGGUGGACGUACACACGAAGGUGGUGCUAGCUGCGUGGUUGAGGUAUGAGAGGAGAGAGGACGAGCUUAUUGGGUCGUCGGCAAUGGAUUGCUGUGGUAGAAAUGUGGAAUGUCCUAAGGCUAGUUUAGUUUCUGGGUAUGACCCUGAAUCUGCUUUUGAGUCUUGUAUGUGUUCUCGGGCCCCUGGCGGGGAAGAAGAUGACACACCUCGCCGGGAAGAAGAUGACACUCCUCGCGGGGAUGAAGAUGACGAUGAUUUUGUGAUGGUGGGGGAUGAGGAAUGUUCGACUUCGGAGGAGGAUGGUAAUAUGUCGUUUUGUAUUGGAGAUGCUGAGGUUAGGUGUGUAAGAUACAAAAUUGCCUCGCUUUCGAUACCUUUUUAUGCAAUGUUGUAUGGUAACUUCAAGGAGAGGCGAAGGGAGAAGAUAAAUUUCACGCAGAAUGGGAUCUCUGUGGAGGCAAUGAGAGCAGUGGAGAUUUUUAGCAGGACUAAGAGAGUAGAUUAUUUUGAUGUGAGGAUUGUUUUGGACCUUCUCUCUUUUGCAAACAGGUUUUGUUGUGAUGAUAUGAAGUCUGCUUGCGAUUCUCAUUUGGCAUCUCUGGUUUGUGAACUGGAGGAUGCAAUGCUGCUUAUUGACUAUGGAUUGGAGGAGACUGCUCAUCUUCUAGUGGCAGCUUGUUUGCAGGUGUUUCUGAGAGAGCUCCCCAGUUCAUUGCAUAAUCCUCAUAUGAUGAGAUUAUUUUGUAAUUCAGAAGCAAGGCAAAGAUUGACUAUGGCAGGGCAUGCUUCUUUUAUUUUGUAUUAUUUCCUCAGCCAGAUUGCCAUGGAGGAAGAUAUGAGAUCGAACACGACGGUGAUGCUUCUAGAGAGGCUGGGAGAGUGUGCCACAGAAAGUUGGCAGAAGCAACUUGCAUUCCAUCAGUUAGGUGUGGUGAUGCUUGAGAGGAAAGAAUAUAAAGAUGCUCAGUGGUGGUUCGAAGCAGCUGUUGAGGUUGGUCAUAUUUAUUCCUUGGUGGGUGUUGCAAGGGCCAAGUUCAAGCGUGGUCAUAAGUAUGCAGCGUACAAGCAGAUGAACUCUCUCAUUUCUGAUUAUACACCGGUUGGGUGGAUGUAUCAGGAUCGAUCUCUGUAUUGUAUUGGAAAGGAAAAGAUGAUGGAUUUGACGACUGCUACUCAAUUGGAUCCAACUCUAUCUUAUCCAUACAAGUUAAGGGCUGUUUGUCUGUUGGAGGAGAACCAAAUUGAAGCAGGUAUCACAGAGAUCAACAAGAUAAUUAGUUUCAAGGUCUCCCCUGAUUGUCUUGAAUUGCGGGCUUGGUUUUCAAUUGCCCUAGAAGAUUUUGAAGGAGCUCUCAGAGAUGUCCGAGCACUCUUGACUUUGGACCCAAAUUACAUGAUGUUUCAUGGAAAAAUGCACGGUGACCAUCUGGUAGAGCUGCUCCGCCCUCUUGUUCAACAAUGGAGUCAGGCUGAUUGUUGGAUGCAACUAUAUGAUCGAUGGUCCUCUGUUGAUGAUAUUGGUUCUCUAGCUGUUGUACAUCAUAUGUUGGCAAAUGACCCUGGGAAGAGCCUUCUACGCUUUAGGCAAUCUCUCCUUCUGUUACGGUUAAAUUGUCAAAAGGCUGCUAUGCAUAGUCUGCGGUUAGCUAGAAAUCAUUCUAGUUCUGAGCAUGAACGGCUUGUCUAUGAAGGAUGGAUAUUGUAUGACACUGGUCAUCGUGAAGAAGCUUUGGCAAAGGCAGAGGAGUCCAUUUCUAUCCAGAGAUCAUUUGAAGCAUUUUUUCUUAAAGCGUAUGCUUUAGCAGACUCAAGUCUUGAUUCUGAGUCCUCAACAUAUGUGAUCCAGCUUCUGGAGGAAGCACUUAGAUGCCCUUCAGAUGGCCUUAGAAAAGGACAAGCACUAAAUAAUUUAGGAAGUGUGUACGUAGAUUCUGAUAAGCUGGAUCUUGCUGCUGACUGCUACACAAAUGCACUCAACAUUAAGCAUACACGAGCACAUCAGGGUCUAGCACGAGUAUAUCAUCUUAAAAAUCACCGCAAAGCUGCAUAUGAUGAGAUGACGAAGCUGAUAGAGAAGGCGCGAAACAAUGCAUCAGCUUAUGAGAAACGUUCAGAAUACUGUGACCGUGACAUGGCAAAAAAUGAUCUAAGUACGGCUACACAAUUAGAUCCCCUGAGGACGUAUCCAUACAGAUAUAGGGCAGCAGUUUUGAUGGAUGACCACAAAGAAGCAGAAGCUAUAGAAGAACUAAGUAAAGCCAUUUCUUUCAAACCGGACCUGCAGCUGCUACAUCUUCGAGGAGCAUUUCACGAAUCAAUGGGUGACUUUGUCUCCACUGUGCGAGACUGUGAAGCAGCCCUCUGUCUUGAUCCCAACCAUGCUGACACUCAUGAUCUCUAUGGUAAAGCACGGGAGCGCGUUAAUGAACAACUGAAGCCAGCAAUUGUCAGCAUAGCUUUAGUUCUUCCAAUAUAUGCUCUCCUGCAAGUAAAAGUUGAAGAUUCAAAAUGUCCUAGAAUGCUGAACUUCAAUGUACCACUGCUCUCAACCAGGCGCCUUGCAAACUCCGGCAGCGUAGAUUUACAAGGCGCAUCGCUGAGCACGAGUGACAGAAUUCCGUUUUCCUGGGAACAAGUUCCUGGCAAGCCCAAGGACUUGAACAUAAGUGAUGAUGUCGAUGAUGGGGACACACCUCGACCCAAGCUACCUCCAGGCUGGUGGCGCCGGCCUCAUGAUCUCGAUGAUGGAUGUGAGGGCGAUGAUGAUUUUGAUGAUGAUGUUGGUGACGUUGAUGGCGAUAUUGACAACGUUGAUUACAGCAACGAUGCUUUCUCAGAUGCCAUAGAUGUGUUCUCAUUGUCAGAGGCAAUAGACAUUGUGGAAAAGAAAGCACAGAGAGAACAUGAAACAACAGGUAGUUUGAGGUUAAAGCUUGCAGAAGAGUCAAGGGAGAUGAACCAAAAGUGCUCAAAUUUCAUAAUCGAGCGGUUUCUUCCAGAUGCCACUGCAUUGGCUGCAUCAUCUGCUCUACAGCUAAAUGUGUCCCAGAUCAGUUCAAGCAAUGAGCUUUGUUAUCCAUGUAAUUAUCCAGAGCCAGAGGCUUGUGUUUCAAGAACAGUCUGCAGGCAAUCGUACUCUUCACCUAAGGGUUGUGGCUUGCAUGUUUUCUUCCCUUGGCGCAUGAAGCACAAGCUCUGUGGAAUUAAGAGCCCUGUCAGUGCACAAGCUCAUUGCAGUGUAAAACACAAGAAACAUAGAUCAUAA